AUGCAUAUCAAGAACCCCGCCCUUCUACGAGGUCGUCGCGGACGGCAGAUGGCUACAGACGCAGACGGACAGUCCACAAAUGACACCGAUCACAAGGCCACUAUGGAUAGCAAGCAUGAGAGAAUCAAGCUGGAGACUGGAGUUCAGCAUUUUGAGUCUGCUACGGACACAUCGGAUACACCGGGAAGGGUAACAGGGCGCGUUGUUUUAGCCAUUGCUGCCCUUGGGUUGCCAUAUGAGGCCGCUCUGUUCUCUUUCGUCGUACCUGCAGCUGUCCUCUUGACCAUCAAUGCAGACAUUGGCCCGUUAGCCAGUCUGAGUUGGGUUGCUAGUAGCUGGUCAUUGGCAAACAGGGUUCUGCAGGCGACUUUUGGUCGCGGGGCAGAUAUCUUCGGCCUGCGAUACUUUCUUAUCUGUGACAAUAUUUUUGGACUUGUUGGAACUUUAGUCAACGGACGUGCCAACUCAAUCCGAGCUGUGACUGCAGGCACCGCUAUCCAGGGGAUCGGUGCUGCCCUUCAAUAA